GUUUGUUGUUUUGUUUGUUGUUUGUUACGUUUCUCGGUUUGCUCCGUGCCCACGCCCGUUUCGCAUCACCGAGCUGCUUAAAGAAGCAGCUCUUGAGCUCUGCCAUGGGCGUGUUGGAGCUGAGGAUCGCCAGUCUGGACGGCAGCGAGCUCCAGCUCAGCGUGCCCGAGCACAUCCUCGGCAUCGAGGUCCUUCGCCUCGUCAGGGCCCAGCUCCCGCCCAAGCCGGGGGUGCUCCAGGUCUUCUUCGGUGAGGUCAAGCUGGCAUAUGACAGAACUUUGCAACAGCAGGGCCUGCACACAGACUCAGCUGGAACCAUCACCUACACUCCAACCUGCUUGCUAAAGGCGAGCAGGGUGCUGGAAGGACGAGGGAUUGAUGAUUCUGAACAGGUCCUGGAAGGUGUGACCCACAUGUCUUUGAAUACAGCUCAAUUAAACGCAACUUUGCCAUCCACACUGAUGGGCCUGACUUUUGGUGUUCACUUCAACCAAAGUCUGGCGGGAGUUACUCUGCCAGGCAGCCUGCAGAGCCUGACGUUUGGCUGGAGUUUCAACGAACGCUUGGAUGUAGUGACAUUGCCAGGCAGCCUGCUGAGCUUGACUUUUGGCUAUUUUUUCAACCAAAGCCUGGAUGGAGUGUGUUUGCCAAGCAGCCUGCAGAGCCUGACUUUUGGUUACAAGUUCAACCAAAGCCUGGAUGGAGUGACAUUGCCAAGCAGCCUGCAGAGCAUGACUUUCGACCAUGAAUUCAACCAAUGCCUGGAUGGUGUGAAAUUGCCAAGCAGCCUGCAGAGCCUGACUUUUGGUGAUAAUUUCAACCAACACCUGCAUGGAGUGACUUUGCCAGGCAACCUGCGGAGUCUGAGUUUUGGAUAUGAUUUCAACCAAAGCCUGGAUGGAGUGACUUUGCCAAGCAGCCUGCAGAGCCUGACUUUCGGCUGGAGUUUCAACGAACACUUGGAUGGAGUAACUUUACCAGGCAGCCUAGAGAGCCUGACUUUUGGACGUGAUUUCAACCAAAGCCUGAAUAGAGUAACAUUGCCAAGCAACCUGCAGAGCCUUGCUUUUGGUGAUAGCUUUAACCAGAGCCUGGAUGGAGUGGAUUUGCCAGGCAGCAUGCAGAGCCUGACUUUGGGCGACUUCAACCAAAGCUUGGCGGGAGUGACUUUGCCAGGCAGCAUGCAAAGCCUGACUUUCGGCUGGAGUUUCAAUGAACGCUUGGAUGGAACGACUUUUCCAUGCAGCCUGCAAAGCCUGACUUUUGGCUAUGAUUUCAACCAACGCUUGGAUGGAGCGACUUUACCAUGCAGCCUGCAGUGCCUGAGAUUUGGCUGCAAGUUCAACCAAAGCCUGCAUGGAGUAGCUUGGCCAAGCAACCUGCAGAGCCUUGCUUUUGGCAAGAAAUUCAACCAAAGCCUGGAUGGGGCGAUUUUACCAAGUAGCCUUCAGAGCUUGACUUUUGGCUGUGAUUUCAACCAAAGCCUAGACGGAGCGACUUUGCCAGACAGCCUGAAUAGCCUGACUUUUGGCGAUAUGUUUGACCAAAGCCUGACUGGAGUGACUUUCCCCGACAGCCUGCAGAGCCUGACUUUCGGCGACAGCUUCAACCAGAGCCUGGACGGAGUGCUUUUGCCAGGCAGCCUUGAGAGCCUGACUUUUGGCGAGAAUUUCAACCAAAGCCUGGAUGGAGUGACUUUGCCAGGCAGCCUGCAAUUUCUGACUUUCGGCUACCUGCAGAGCUUGACUUCUGGUGGUCAUUUCAACCAAAGCUUAGCGGGAGCGACUUUUCCAGGCAACCUGGAAAGCCUGACUUUCGGCGAUCACUUUAACCAAUGCCUAGGUGGAUUGACUUUGCCAGGCAGCCUGCAGAGCCUGACUUUUGGCCGCAAUUCUACCCAAAGCCUGGACGGAGUGACUUUGCCUGACAGCCUGCAGCACCUGUCCCUCAGCGAUGGCUUUGUCCAAUGCCUAGACGGUGUGAAGUUCGAAGGCAGGCUUGAAUCAUUGCUUCUGCGAAAUGUCCAUUUGAUUAUGUAGUUGCAAGUGGCCCGUGCGUAGUCUAGACAAGAAAA